AGAAAAAGGCGCCCAUGGGAAUUUGGAAUUCGCCCAUCUUUAAGGCGGGCGAAAUCCCCUCACGGGCUGCCCCUUCCCAUAGUUUCAAAACUCCGCUCCGAACCGGUGGGAACAUGUCUACCUAAUCAUCUGCAAACGAAAGAGAGAGGGAAAAAAACGUGACGACUCUUUUUUUUUUUGGUGAGCGAUCGAUCAAUCGGAAGUCAUCGACGCCAAACGUCACCCCGCUCAUCUUACCUCUCAUCUCAUCACUCAACUCACCUUACGCACUCACUCACUCACAUCUCACCAAUCCACCACAGAACACCGACCGACACCACCCACCUCGCCAUUGUCGGCAGUGAAGUUUGCAGCGCCCAGCUUAUUCUCAAUUGACAUUCGCGGCGUGUCGCGCGGUAAUGGCGGACGAUCAGGUGCGGCUGCAGAACGAGGCUUCGGUGAGGGCGGGGGAGGGGCAGCAGCACCUCAACCAACACCAAGGCCAGCAGCAGCAACGGCAGCAAUAUGACAGGUCAACGAGCGGCGACGGUCGAGCCGGCUUCGAGGAGUACUGGAGAGAAGAGAAGGAGAGCGAGAGGGCUGGGAGGGUGCAGUUUGUGAACGAGGGUCCGGCUUACCAUCAUCAAUCGUCGUCGUCGCCGUUGGAUCACCCAUCGCAGCAGGUGUCGGGAGGAGGAGGAGAUCAGGAACGGCAGGGUUCUUCAGAGUCAACGACACCCGGCCUCACGCCCGCAGAAAAGGCCAAAGAGAAGGCCAAGCUCCGCCGCCAGCAGGUCCGCAAGGCCCAGAUCCAGCACCGCACCCGCAAGGCCAACUACAUCAAGCAGCUCGAGCUCGACGUCUGCAAGUUCAGGGACAUGAUCGCCGCCGCCGAGAAGGAGGUCCUCGCCUUCCGCCGCGAGAACGAGAGCAUGAGGGGCGCCCUCACCGCAAGAGGAUUCGCGGUACCUCCUGGGGGCGCAAAGGGCGAGAGCGUCGUUGUUAGCGAGGUGCAGAUCCGCGGGUCGCAGGAGCCCGUGACGGCGCCGGAAGAGGUGUCGAUGGCGCCGGCGGUGGUCCAGCAGCAACAGCAGCAGCAGUUACCUCCCGUCCCGGCGCAAAGACAACUUUCCCAGCAGUCAGAGGACCAACAAGCACAGCACUCGACGGCUGCUCCUCCGGAAGAAGAAUCCCAGGUGGUGGCAUAUCAACCUCAGACGCUGGACUUCGACCCGUACCCGCCGGUCGACCUCUUUGCGGACGUCAACAUGGGCGAGGUCACAGUCACGAUGCGCAAGGACGACGCCCUCGGCACGCCGUGCUUCCAGAUCUCGUCGCCGUCGGCCGCGAUCACAUAUACCCAGUCUCAGCCGCCGUCAGCAGACCAGCUGUCUGCGGAACAGGAGAUCAUCGCCAUCAACCUCAUUCUCGCCAUGGAACACAUCUGCUGGAACCACUUCCACCCCCGCCAAUUCCCCGCCCACGGCGACACCUGCAAGGCCGCCUCGGGCCACACGAUGAUGGCCUCGACCCUCUGCAUGUCCUCCGCCCCCGCCCGCGUCUACCGCACCAUCCGCCGCGGCGAGGCCUCCACCGUCUCGCACACCUGGCAAGCCGACACGGGCGCGGGAUCCUCUCUGUCUCUGAAAUCCCUGUUGGCCCUCGCCAAGACGCUAAACCCGGGCGACAUCGAGCUCACGCCCGUGCAGGCGUGGUUCGAGCUCGCGGCGCGGUACGGGGCCGCGGCGCUGAUGCGCGGAAACGUGAUUGAGGCGCUCAAGAGGGAGUUUUGCGGGGUGGUGGACUGUAUUCAUUUUGGCGCCAUCAUUGAGCGAGACGCGUUCGAGAGUGUGGUGGCGAGGGUCAUGGAGCAGGUGGGCGUUCCGGAGCUGGAGUGGGAGAUGGAUGUCGAUGAGGGGGCUGGUGUGCCGCAUGCUGGGGGUAUGGUGUAUGGUGCACAGCAGAUUACGGCUUGAACGUGAGGGUUUGUUCUGAGAGGAGGCCACCCCCCUCCUCCCCCUGCCCAUGACAUGGCAUUUUGACUGCGAGAGUGGGAAGGGUUGCUCGGAAGUGCUGCGAGGUGUGGAUUGCAUAUCGUCUAAUGCGCCGAGGCGACUGAUGAAUUUACGACGGUUUCACGACUUUUACAAAAGGCAGAGAAGGGGAUUUAGGCCGCAUAUUUUGCAUCCCUAGACUGAAGACAGACCAUGGAUGAGAUACAUAUCAACUGCACAGAGAACCAUGGUCCCCUAGAAAGCAGGGGACUUUACAAAGACUACAUAUCAAUCAAGC